UAAAGUGCAUUAAAAUGUAAAAUUAUUCAACAAUAUGGCUGAACCACCGAAUCUCACGGCCCGAGAAGUGCAACAGGUAUUAGCAGAGAUUCUCAGCCAUGGCGAGGACAUCACCUGGGAUCUAUUGCUGCAGAAUCAACGAGACAUUCUGAAAAGCAAAGUUGAGGAAAUAUUUAAUCGUCAAUUUGGUACAUCAGAGACAUCAAGAAUUCCGGAUUACGUUUGGACUCUACGUAAAUACACCAAUGGCCAGUCCCUAUCUGCGCUGUUCUUUGUGGUUAUUGUGAAUGGAGUGACCGACUUGAAGAAGGCAGAGAAUAGCAGAUCCUGGUCGAUCCACCCAGUUUUCCGCUGCCGUCGCUGCGUUGCCGACACGGAUGGAGGGAUGAGCAGCAGCCGAGACUGUUGCGUGAUGUAUGUGGAUCAAAGCGGGAUCUUUGAGGACUGGGAUACAUACUUAAAGCGCACAGCUCUUUCCCCAGGGGUUAUGGUAACCUGUGAUCGAGGCGUCUACAAGCUGAUCGAUGGCCAGGUUGAGCUAAAAACUUAUUUGAUAACGGAGAAAAUGUACACACGCAAUGCGUGCUUCAUAACGUCUGAAAGUCUGAAGGCAGCUUCGGAAUUGCCUGGAGUGCAUCGGCUUUACUCGGCAUCAAGCUCUAGAUAUAUAUUGCAAGUAAAUGAAGUAGAACAUAUAAGAGCGAGCGACAAAGUGCUAUAUCUGCUUUUGAGGCGUGUUGAUGGGGAGAAGGUCGAUACUCCAAGUGCAAGGCUGCUCUCCGAGUCGUUGGUUCUGUUUACGCACAGCGUCAAUAACUUUCGCCUGGCGUCUGAAAUGGUCAACAAAGCCACUUAUCGCACAAGCCUAAGCAGCUACGUACAGAACACCUUUAAGAAGAUCUCCGAAGAAGCCAAGGCCAUGGAGUCGUCCACACAAGGCAGGCUGGACCUCAUACGCAGCGUCAAUGAGGUACCCACAAAAAAGGAGCUCGAAAAACUAUUGAAAACCAGUGGAGUUGGUGGCCACAUUUCGGGUGAACCGAAACUACCCGCUGAACCUAGUAAGGUGCCACCAAAUCUGCUGCAGAUCCGUUCAAUCAACAUUAAUGGUCAGGACAUCCAAUUGGCCGACUACGGAGAAGCUAUCAUUGCUAACAUCUCAAGCGCUGAGAGCUUCGAGGAUCUAAUCACCAGCAUGGCCGAGCACUGGAAGCCAGACAUGUGCAAGCUGGUGCUCCGAAUGACGCAGACCUUUGUGGAAAGCACCAAAAAGGAGUUUUGGCUGAAGUACCACCUACCCACGGAAUCGGUGCUCUAUCAGAUCAUUCGACAAACACUGAAACUCCAUGCGAGCUUGGACCACAAAGAAGUCUCGGAGGCAUUGCCCGAUAUUCUGAGAAGCGUGCGCUGCUAUUUCGCCUCCCGCAGUCCCCUUUGUCCACCAGAGUUUCUGAAGAAGUGCCCCAAGUGCGUGGGUUACUACAAUGAGGGUACGCGGCAGGUGACUGAAUCUGAUGUAUGAUCUGAUAUAUAAUAUGCCUUACACUUACAUAUAUGCAUGUUUACCAAGCGAAGCAUUUGAAUAGGUUUUUAUAUCUUACGGCACGAAGGGUGUUCUUUUUUAUUAGCUAU